CCACACCACUACCACUACCACCUAAGCCACCACCGCGUUCUGGGUAUUGUUUAAAGUUUAAGUCUUGCAUGGCAGAGAGAUUGCUAUCACAUGUGGUGUCUGACCUCUGUCUGGGAAAACCCUCACUGAGGUCCCUCUCUGUUACUGCCACCGUCGCCGACGCCUUAUCGGCUCUCAAGAGCUCCGAAGAAAGCUUCAUCAGCGUCUGGAGUUGCAGUCACGGUGGUGGAUUGAAUGAAAAAGAUGAGUGUCAAUGUGUUGGCAAGAUUUGUAUGGUUGAUGUGAUUUGUUAUUUGUCACAAGAAGAGAACUUGCCGUCUCCUUCUCUGGCCCUCAAAUCGCCUCUCUCUGUUCUCCUGCCUGAAGCUCCUGGACUUGUCAUGCACAUAGAACCCUCUUCAAGCUUAUUAGAAGCAAUUGAUUUGAUCCUCAAAGGAGCUCAAAACCUGGUAGUACCAAUCAAGACCAGAAGAAGAGUUAACCACCAACAGAAGCUCUUACAGACCAUCCAUGGAGGCCGCGAAUACUGCUGGCUAACACAAGAAGACAUGAUGCGGUUCCUCUUAAGCUCAAUUGGUCUCUUCUCCCCAAUCCAUGCACUUUCAAUUGAGUCACUCAAUAUUAUCAGCAAUGACGUUAUAACAAUCGACUACCACUCCCCUGCCUCACAAGCAAUUGGACCCAUCUCUCGUUCAUUGUCAAACCAAACAUCUGUCGCAGUAAUCGACCCUGAAGGGAUCCUAAUCGGCGAGAUCUCUCCGUCCACGCUCGCCUGCUGCGACGAGACAGUGGCAGCUGCAUUGACAACACUGUCUAUAGGAGACUUAAUGGCCUACAUUGACUGUGGUGGACCUCCAGAUGACCUUGUGAAGCUAGUGAAGGAAAAGAUGAAGAAGAGGGGUUUGGAGAGAAUGCUUGAAGAAUUCUCAAUAACCCCAUCUUCCCCAAACUCACCAUUAUCAUCUUCUGAUGAAGAAUCGACCAAUGGUGGAGUGAUUAGGUCAGGGAAGUACAGUAGAUCUUUGAGUUACUCAGCAAGAAUGGUUAGAAGAGCAGAAGCAAUAGUUUGCAACCCAAGAAGCUCACUUGUGGCAGUGAUGAUUCAAGCAAUUGCACAUAGAGUGAACUAUGUUUGGGUUAUUGAAGAUGAUUGUAGUUUGGUUGGUAUUGUUACAUUCUGUGACAUGUUGAAGGUUUUCAGACAAGAAUUAGAGUCCAUGGCCUAAUAAAGGUGAGAGCUUUGUAGCAUAAUUUUGUAAGAUUAAAGGGAAGUUUGUGAAUAAUGAAUAUGGAGGAGUUUCAAGUUUGGGUCUUUUGAUGGGGUAUUAUUUGUAAUUUUUGUGUACUUUUUUAAAAGAAAAAAAAAACUUGUUUAAUGAUGAGAACAAAAAAAAGCUAUGAUGUUCUCUUUCAUGUCUGUUUGUACUCCAUUUUGUUGUAAUGUUGGGUUUUAAUUCUGAUUUUGUUUCAAGAUUUA